UCUGACCAUAGUGUAGUUUAGUCAAUGCGGUGGCCAUGCGUUGCAGCAACGUAUAUGGACUGUUGCUGUACUCCAUGGUGCAUGUACACGUUGUAUACAUGUACAUGCUUUCCACAGCCGAAACAAGACUGGUGUUCUCAUCAGAGUAAAGCAAGAAAACGACGAUGUAUCACCCCUAAAGGACCGCAGGACGACAUGUCAGGCGAGGCACACAUUUCUUGCCUCUUUCCCGAAAUUCUGGCGCUGAUUUUUAGCUACCUAGACGUGAAAGACAAGGGCCGUGCUGCCAAAGUGUGUCGGGCAUGGAGAGACGCUUCGUAUCAUCGGUCAGUGUGGCGGGGAGUCGAGGCCAAACUCCAUAUCCGCCGUACCAACCCGUCUUUGUUCCCCAGUCUGGUGACCAGGGGAAUCCGACGAGUUCAAAUUCUCAGUCUUCGAAGGAGCCUCAGUCAUGUCUUACAAGGUAUGCCGAACAUACAGAGUUUAAAUCUCAGUGGUUGUUACAAUCUCACCGACUUUGGCCUGUCGAAUGCAUUCGUACAUGAAAUACCCACACUGACAGUACUCAACCUUAGCCUGUGCAAGCAGAUAACGGACACGGGUCUAUGUAGAAUUGCGCAGUACCUUAAAAACUUGGAAGCCUUAGAUCUGGCCGGCUGUUGUAACAUCAACAACCCAGGUUUGCUUGUGAUUGCACGGGGACUGCCGAAACUCAAGAGUUUGAAUCUGAGGAGUUGCCGGCAUGUAUCGGACGCAGGGAUUGGUUAUCUAGCCGGCAUGAGUGACGAGCCGGUUAAAGGGGUUUGUAACCUCGAAGAUUUGGUGCUACAGGACUGCCAGAAGAUCACUGACAGUGCCUUGAGUAAUGUUGCCCAAGGCUUACUCCGACUCAGGAGUUUGAAUUUGAGCUUCUGCUGUGGAGUGACGGACUCGGGAAUGGUCAACCUGUCCCGUAUGCCGAGCCUACGGGAAUUGAACCUAAGGAGUUGCGACAACAUCAGCGACAUUGGGAUCGCCCACCUGGCCGAAUGUGGCGGUCAUUUCACCACACUGGACGUGAGUUUUUGCGACAAGAUUGGCGACGCCGCGCUCACACACAUAUCUCAGGGAUUGUACAAUUUGACUAAUGUGAGCCUUAGCUCUUGCCAUGUGACCGACGAUGGGCUGGAUCGACUGGUGAGGAAUCUUCACGGAUUGACCACGCUCAACAUUGGCCAGUGUGUCAAAGUCACGGACAGGGGACUCAAACUCAUCGGCGAUCACUUGCACAAACUCAAAUGCAUCGAUCUGUAUGGGUGUACUAAGAUAACGACUGUGGGAUUGGAGAGAAUUAUGCAGCUACCCUGCUUGUCAGUUCUUAACUUAGGCCUGUGGCAUAAAAGGUAGCCGACUGUUGGUUGGGGUCUCGUAUAAUAUAUAAGCCUUAAUACACAAGUACCCCAUAUUCAAUUUUGUAUUCAGAUAUUUCUGCUGUACAAGCGGAGGUCUCGUAUUGUGAUCCAAAACGUAAGAUGCUUUCAGGGGCCGCCUGUGAAUUUGAAUAGAGAGCGUGUGCAGCUACAUGUGCAAGGGCUUGCGGUCACAGCAAUCCCUCAUUGCAGGUCAUGCUAUGCCGUGGCAAGCGCCGGUUACACCGUCUGUGUAUUGUCACGGGGGUUCACACACACACACAAAAAAACUAGAGAAAAAAAACCUUCCCUCGCGGCCAUGCAUUCGGAAGCUUUGCGCUGCCUGGAAAUAUGGAGCAGUUUCCCCUUCAGAGUUCGAACAUGGGAUAGUGGGAUUAUCGGCCCUUUUGACAAUUGCCUACCAUUCAUUUCCUGCUGCUACAAUGGGGCAUUAAAGCAGUUGUGUCUGGGUGUACAUUCCGCUAUGCAUGCAGCCAAGGCUCAUCAGUGUGUGUACACAUUAGAAACUUUGAUCAACCACACAAGUACUAGUGUUCACAUUGCUUCCAAAAUUAUAAAUCGGUGAACAUUUCAAAAGGGACUGUACAACCAUUGUGCAACUAACAUUGCUCAAACAAUAACCAGGCAGUUUCCAAGGCAGUUUCCAAGGCUGUAAACACGUCAAACAAUUUCAGAAAUAAUCCACUCACUUGAGUUGAAUUUAAAAUUUCACUUCUUCAUACCAACCAAAGCUUGAAUAUUUCUUCCUUCAGACUAUGUACUAAGACGAAACACAUAAAAAUGGUUGUUACGUAAUGAUGAGACGAACACAUUACGUCUUCGGUUAAUUUUAUGUGCGUUACUCACUCCAAAAAUAACUGUCUUCAAUACUCAAAAGACACUACUUAAAGGGUUGCUCAAGCUGCACUUUACUUCAGUUGUAUAAUUUUUUUUUAAACUCUGGAUACCGCUUAUAAUCAAGUGUAAUACCAAAUUUCGAAAUAUUUCAGACAUGUAUUACGAACAUGUACACACGGAUUUUGUAUGAGACUUUUUAAAGACAGUAUUACAGUUAUAUUCAGAAAGUGAAAGCAAUAAUGAUUGACUGACAACGAAGCUUUUGAACCGGCAAGUAAAGAACAAGAAAAUACAGGCUACUGGGUUUGUAUGCGGUGAUUAGAAUCGGGUACCGUGGUGCGUGUGGAGGUGGCGUUAUUAACGCCUGCAUGGUUACCUAUCAGUCUUAGGAAAGCUAGCCCCCCCCCCCCCUGCAGGACGCCCCAGGUGUAGACGGGGGUAGAGGGAUCGGAUAGAGAGAGAGCCAAGUAACCAAGCUAGCUCUGAUGGAGCGGGCCCUCCAGCUUCAAAGUCACGCUGCUUUGAAGACAUCCCGUUGCUGCCUCCACCCUACCGUCCACUCUAUCCAUCUCAACUCCUGAAACCCACGGUGGGAAAAACAGGCCCCGAGGGUACACCGCAAGAGCCUCAGCCGUGUAACGUGUAAUUCAGGCCCACUGGAUUCUCUGCCUUUAAAGUCCAUCUGCUGGGCCCAACGGAGUAGGAAAGUGACCGAGCAUGGUGUGAAUACUGACGCUUCGUUUUUCCCCCUCGAGAUCUCUUUGCACGGUUAUUUUAUUCUUUUUUCUUUUUUUUUUCUUUUUUUUUAACUUACAUUUUAUGUUUGGGGAAUGCGAGUAUGAAUUUUUUAUGUAUGGCUUCAAUUUUACAUAUGCUAGGAUUAUCAUUGUGAAUAUUUGAAUACAUAUAAUUAUUUGAGAUUACAAAUAAUAUGUCAAUUACGAAACUUUGGUAAUCAUUAAAAAUGUAUCUUCACAACAAACGGUGAGGCUGACGUCAUGAUUGUUUGUUUGGCAAAUGGAUACAUCUAAAAACAAAGAUUACUCUUCCUGAUCUCUGUUAGCUUAAAGGGUCUGGGUACUUUUCGUACGACACAAAGCACGAUGUCCACAGAUUUACACUAA